AAGAGCCCAAUGUGUGUUCUGAUUUAAAUUCUUCGGUCAGCUUCAGAAUUGGAGACCUCGGUUUUAAAGAAUGCAAAGGCACAGCCAUCGUUACGAGCGCCAAAUUUAAUGCACUGGCAGGCGGAAGACCUCUUAGGUCCGGUUCGGAAAACGGCCCGUCAGGACCUCUAGCCCAGCAAUAAAAGAUCCUGUUUCUCCUGGCCGCCCAGUUAGAAAGGCAACGUCGCAGGCCGCCUGCACUGGACACUCAUGACGCCAGUCCUGUCGUGGCCUACUCUAACCGAUCCAGAGAAGGAAGCAAAAAGAGACGGGUUUUUGGUGAGGGGGAGCGAUGCCGACGACGCACCGGAAACGGUACCGUGGAAAGCCCUUGGGAGUGGCGGAGACGUGUCUGUUUGCCAGGCGCCGGGAGCACUUCCCCGGGGCUCUGCGAUAGGAAGGCGGCGGCUAGGUGCCUUCUGGUUUACCUCUCCCGGGCCCAGCCGAGCAGCGUGGGGCGGCGGCGGCGGCGAAGGCCGGGGCUGGGAGCGUUGGCGGCCGGAGUCCCAGCCAUGGCCGAGUCUGUGGAGCGGCUGCAGCAGCGGGUACAGGAGCUGGAGCGGGAACUUGCCCAGGAGAGAAGUCGGCGGGUCCUUGGGGGAGGCGACGGAGUGGGCUGCCGGGCCCGCAUCGAGAAGAUGAGCCCAGAGGUGGUGGAUUCCAAUCCCUACAGCCGCUUGAUGGCACUGAAACGAAUGGGAAUUGUAAACGACUAUGAGAAAAUCCGUACCUUUGCCGUAGCAAUAGUAGGUGUUGGUGGAGUUGGUAGUGUGACUGCUGAAAUGCUGACAAGAUGUGGCAUUGGUAAGUUGCUACUCUUUGACUAUGACAAGGUGGAACUGGCCAAUAUGAACAGACUUUUCUUCCAACCUCAUCAAGCAGGAUUAAGUAAAGUUCAAGCAGCAGAACAUACUUUGAGGAACAUUAAUCCUGAUGUUCUUUUUGAAAUACACAAUUAUAAUAUAACCACAGUGGAAAACUUUCAACAUUUCAUGGAUAGAAUAAGUAACGGUGGGUUAGAAGAAGGAAAACCUGUUGAUCUAGUUCUUAGCUGUGUGGAUAAUUUUGAAGCUCGAAUGACAAUAAAUACUGCUUGUAAUGAACUUGGACAAAUAUGGAUGGAAUCUGGGGUUAGUGAAAAUGCAGUUUCGGGGCAUAUACAGCUCAUAAUUCCUGGAGAAUCUGCUUGUUUUGCGUGUGCUCCACCCCUUGUAGUUGCUGCAAAUAUUGAUGAAAAGACUCUGAAACGAGAAGGGGUUUGUGCAGCCAGUCUUCCUACCACUAUGGGAGUGGUUGCUGGGAUCUUAGUACAAAAUGUGUUAAAGUUUCUGUUAAAUUUUGGUACUGUUAGUUUUUACCUUGGAUACAAUGCAAUGCAGGAUUUUUUUCCUACUAUGUCCAUGAAGCCAAAUCCUCAGUGUGAUGACAGAAAUUGCAGGAAGCAGCAGGAAGAAUAUAAGAAAAAGGUAGCAGCACUGCCCAAACAGGAAGUUGUACAAGAAGAAGAAAAGAUAAUACAUGAAGAUAACGAGUGGGGUAUUGAGCUGGUAUCUGAAGUUUCAGAAGAGGAACUGAAAAAUUCUUCAGGUCCAGUUCCGAACUUACCUGAAGGAAUUACAGUGGCAUAUACAAUUCCAAAAAAGCAAGAAGAUUCUGUAACUGAGGUAACAGUGGAGGAUUCUGGUGAAAGCUUGGAAGACCUCAUGGCUAAGAUGAAGAAUAUGUAGAUAUGGACUGACAUAUUUUAUUUCCCAUGUUAAAGCCUAUUCUCUUGAAAUUAAAAAAACUUAGGGCAACAUUAAUUUAUGUAUAAUCUUAACUGAAUUGUUAUACUUUUUGAAAAUUCUGUGACUAUUACUUCCCACCCCAACUAAAUCAUUAACUCCUAAAAUGAAUGUUUCAUUCUAGUAAAGAAACAUCAAAAGACCACUCUAUGUAGUUAUGAAUCUUACUGAAACCAUAGCCAUUGAAAUUUUUUUUUUUUUUUGAAAUGUUUUUGCCUUAUGGAGCUGGGAGAAGGACCAAUCUGAUCCUGUAUUUCCCCCCUCCCCCAGUAGUCCCUUGUACAUGAGGACACAGAUAAUAAAGUAGUAUAUGAUCUUUAAAUACAGGGAGAAAGACAAGACAAGAGGUAUAUAGUCUGUUGAUUAGAACUGGCAAACAUCUACUCAUGUUUGGAAUUUCCAUCUACAAGAAAAGCAUCCACUUUUACAAACUUGACCAACAAUGAAUUUCAAACAGUUCACCUAUAAAAUAACAUCCUCUCAGAUGUUUCCUGAUGAAUACAAGCUGAAAUGUAGUCAUUGGAAAAGUUUGUAAACCUGUGAAUUAUAUAUUCAAAAGAAGACAAAGACAAAUAAAAGGAAGCUGUCUUUCUAGAUAAAGGUACUUUCAAAAAGUACAAAUUAUAUUUUAUUCUGAACUGACCAAGGACUAGAAAUCAUUGCAUCUGUGGGACAUAUCUAGAGUCACUGUACUUUACUGACGAGCAAGGCAUACAUUUAGACUAAGAUCAUCUAGAUUAUUCUCAUCAUAAAGGCUACUCUCUUGAAUACUUCAUUUAAAUUUGAUUCCCGAGAUAGAUGUUGGCAAGGUUUGUCCUGUAGAAUGGGCAUAAAAGUUAUAAAUUACCUCUGCAAUAACUGACUUGUAUUAAUUCAGUGGAAAAAUAUAAUUUCCCUGAUUGUGACCACUAAACUGUAAAUUAAUGUACACUAGUUUUCUCUGGAGUUGCAUACAAAUAAUGGAAGCUUAGAGAACCUUGGUUGAAAUAAAUUCCCCGUGGUUUGAAGACCAAUAAAUAUUAGGAACAUGGAGGUAUAACCAUUACAAGUAGGCUGUUGCUAUGCUAAUCUCCUAUUUUGAUGAUUUUUACUUUGAGGGUUUAAAUAUAUAAAUUGUAUCCCUAGGGAGGAAAUGUUAAUAAAAAAUUAAACAUUCCCUACUUGUAAAAUAAAGUUCUAAAAACUGA